AUGGCGGACAACUCACCAAAAGAUGGACAUACAGCGUCUGAUUCCGAGCAAGAAAAUUCAGAUACCGGAAACAAUGACGCAGACCUGACCCUUAAUCAAGGAACCAGCGACCAGCAUAAAGAAGGCACCUCUGGGCUCAAAAACCCAAAGGCAAAUUCCUCGGAAGGACGAGAGUCCGGAAAGGAAGGGCCACCCCAUGCAACCGAGCUAAUGGGGCUGGUCCACGGCCACCAAGGUCGUUUGGAGCAACUGGAACAGGAACUAGAACGACAACGAGAGGCAGAGCGAAACCUCAGGGAGGAAAUAGAACGACGAAAAGAGUUGGAAGAAAAACUCACAAAGCUUGAAUCCUCCCUUAAAGCCCGAGACUCCCGCGGCAACCGAGAAGAGUCGCCCUUGGGAGGAGAGGACCCGUUUAGCGAGGACAUAAUGAGGGCUUUUCCGACCACCCUGUCAAAAAUGGCGAUGAAGUGGUUUGAUAGCCUCCUUCCAAGGUCGGUUACCAGCUUUAAGGACCUCUCAAGAAAAUUCCUGAUGCGAUUCUCCAUCCAGAAGGAUAAGGUAAAACACGCACCGAGCCUCCUGGGAGUUAAACAGGAGGUCGGGGAACCUCUGCGUGAUUACAUGGAAAAGUUCAACAAAGCGUGUUUGGAAAUUCAAGAUCUGCCUACAGAGGUAGUUAACAUGGGAUUAGUAAAUGGACUUAGGGAAGGACCCUUCUCACAGUUCAUAUCAAAAAAGCACCCGACCUCUUUGAGUGAUGUACAGGAGAGAGUGGAAAAGUACAUCAACAUGGAGGAAAAUGCCAGAUUGAGAGAGUCGAGUUGGCGAUCUGGGCACCCUCCCUCGAUAAAAGAAAGGGAGAUGGAGCCCAAGAAGAAAGAAGACCUCGGUCUCGACAGACCUAGGAAAUAUCACUCUUAUACUCCUCUAAAGGUUUCUAUAGUGGACGUAUACAGAGAAAUUUGCAAUACUGAAAGGCUGCCGCCUCCUAGGCCCAUUAAAAAUAAAAAAGGGGGGAGUCGCAACGAUUACUGCGAGUACCAUAAAAUAUAUGAAAAGUUGGCCAGAGAAGGCCGACUUGAUAGAUAUCUCAUGGAAAGGUCGGACAAUCAUGGGAAGAGAAAGCGAGAUGACGCAGAUAGAAGAGACCCACCACCGCAGACUCCGGAGAGACAUAUACAUAUGAUCUCAGGUGGAUUCGCGGGAGGGGGACUCACCAAGUCCUCUCACAAGAGACACCUCAAGCGAGUCUACCAGGUCGGGAGCGAAUCGCCCGACCUUCCUACCAUCUCAUUUACAAAGGAGGAUGGGCAAGGAGUAAUCCCUGAACACGACGAUCCAGUGGUGAUAACCAUGAUCCUGGCCAAUGCCCAUCUCCACAGAACUCAAGUAGAUCAAGGAAGCUCGGCGGACAUCCUUUUCAAACCCGCGUUUGACAAGUUAGGGUUGGACGAGAGGGAGCUAAGAGCCUACCCCGACACCUUAUACGGGCUAGGCGACACGCCAAUAAAGCCACUGGGAUUCUUAUCCCUUCAUACUACCUUUGGAAAGGGGGAAAAAUCCAAAACUCUGAGUAUAGACUUCAUAGUCAUUGACAUGGGGUCAGCAUAUAAUGCCCUAAUUGGAAGAGCUACCCUUAAUCAACUCGGAGCGGUGGUAUCCACCCCCUAUCUCUGCAUGAAAUUCCCGACAACAGCGGGGUAG